AUGACAACUGCAGCUCGUCCAACAUUUGAACCAGCUCGUGGUGGCCGUGGGAAAGGAGAAAAUGACCUCAGUGCUCUGUCCAAACAAUAUUCCAGUCGAGAUUUACCAUCUCAUAAUAAACUUAAAUACAGACAAGAAGGACAGGGUGCUGCUGAAGAGUUGCGAGGCCGUGAUUUUCGCAAAGAUUUAGAAGACAGAGAACGAGCUGUUAGAGAAAAAAAAGACAGAAAUCGUGAGUCCAGUGGCAGUAGUAAAAGGCCAAGGUUAGAACCAGCAUCUAAUUUAGAUGCUGAUUAUCCAGUUGAUGAUGAGGAUGAUGAAUCUGAUAGUGAUGAUGAUGAUGAUACAAUGGAGCUGAUGGCUGAGCUUCAGAAAAUCAAAAAAGAAAGAGUAGCUGAGGCUGCAAAAAUUGAAGCUGAACGGAAAGUAGAGGAAGAAAGGAUUCGUAAAGAGAAUAUUUUGAAGGGCAAUCCAUUGUUGAAUCAAGAAAAAGUUGAUUUCAAGGUUAAAAGAAGGUGGGAUGAUGAUGUUGUUUUCAAAAACUGUGCAAAAGGAGGAGAUGAUAAAAACAGCCGCGGUUUCAUCAAUGAUACACUCCGUUCAGAAUUUCACAAAAAAUUUAUGGAAAAAUAUGUGAAAUAA